UUAUUAAUAUUGUUUUCUUUAACAGUAGAUUUCGAAAAGAAGUUGUCCGAAUGCAGACGUUGCCAUAGUAACCAAUCCUCGCUUACUUUUGGUUUGCUUUGUAGAACACAAUUGAAAAAAUAUUAUGUUCUUGAAUUAAGCUUGAUUUGCGUCUCAGCUUUUACACUCCCGUUAUUUCAUUAGGUGAAAGGUGACAGGUGCCGAAGUCCAUUUUGGUGUCUAUUUCAGGCAGGUUAUCGGUUAGAAAACAGGACUGUGUGACUGAUAUUCACCAUUACAUCACUAUUGCAUUACCAGAGGGACCAGGAGUCACAGCAGGUCCUCUUAAAACCAGUAUAAACCGGUAUAUCGUGCAGACCACCUGAAAGAGAAAACCUCCUUAAACCACACUGAAUCGAUACUGGACACAGAACAGACACAACAUGCGGACAAGAUGGAUCAUAGGAUGGAGUUUAAUGAUCAUGAUGGCGGAAGCGUUGGAGCCAAUCUCGACCAGCCUGGCUGUUGGCAUUGCAGCUGCUCUAACAGGAUUUUUAGCUCGGUAUCCAAAUGUGUUGUAUUACUUUCAGGAGUGUUGCAGACCAGAGUGGAUCUCCUACAAUAAAACAGGUCUUGAAGCAGAUCUGGAGAGCAAGCUGUUCGGCCAGCAUGUAGCAUCUCGUGUUGUCCUCAAAGCUGUGUCCGGCUUCAUGAACAACGAGAACCCGAAGAAGCCCCUCGUCCUCUCGCUGCACGGCUGGACUGGCACAGGCAAAAACUUUGUCAGUCAGCUAAUCGCCAAUAACAUUUACCAGCGUGGAAUGUCUAGUGGAUUUGUGCACUUGUUUACUGCCACAGCACACUUCCAACAUGAAGCAGAGCUGGAAGUGUACAAGUCCCAACUGCAGCAGUGGAUUAAGGGCAACGUGUCGGCCUGCCCUCGCUCCAUGUUCGUAUUCGACGAGAUGGAUAAGAUGCACCCAGGCCUGAUUGACAGCAUCAAACCAUACUUAGAUUUUUACGAAGUUCUAGACGGAGUCUCCUACCGCCAGGCCAUCUUUAUCUUUCUAAGUAACGCCGGCGGUGAAAACAUCGUGCAGGUUGCGCUGGAUUUUUGGAAAGCAGGAAAGGAACGAGAAGAGAUUGAGCUGAAACAUUUGGAGGAAGCCCUAUCCCUGUCUGUGUUUAACAACAAGAACAGUGGUUUUUGGCACUCAAGUCUAAUAGAAAAGAACAUGGUGGACUACUUUGUGCCCUUCCUCCCCCUGGAGUACAAACACGUUGUGCAGUGCGGCCGAGCUGAAAUGAUCAGCAAGGGCCAUAAACCCAACGAGGAGGCUGUGGAGCAAAUGGCUCAUGACAUGAGCUAUUUCCCUCGUGAAGAGCGUGUCUUUUCCGUGCAGGGCUGCAAGGUUAUCUCCAGCAGGCUGAACUUCUACAUCUAAAAAAAAGAAGGAGAGGCUCGAUGCUGUGUGUACUGUUCCUGAAGAGCUGCAGUGGGUUUGAUUUGGAGGAACAUUAUCUAAGCAGGAAGUCCACCUGAACACUAAUCUGAUGUCAUGCAUCACAUGUAAAAGGAGCGAGCAGGUUUUUUUUUUUAACUGAUUGCAAUGGUUUAUGAUAUUUCUGUUUUUAACAUGAAUCAAUGAUAAAUGAUGCAGGCUUGACUCCUUGUUUUGUUAAGGAGGAUUCAGGUCUCAUUACUGAUCUGGUGGCAGUAUGAAUGUGUUUGAAUCUUAAAUGGUCAUUUUUUUUAUGACCGUAUGUUGUGCAUUGUCAUGCACUAGUAAUGAACAAAAUACUUUCAGUUGGCAUAAUUUUUAUAUGUAGAGUGUAUAUAUAGAAAUGACAGCUUAAUGUCAAAAUCCUGCAAUACCUGCCAAUAACACCAUUUUGUCAAUGUCACUAAAAACCUUUUAUAUUUUUGCCAUCGGUGUCCAGCUCAGUGGAUCGAUUAAAUAAAAUAGAUUGUAUUUUUAGUUGGAAUUAAUUAGAAGCAAACCUAGCAGCUGUACCCAGUUUUCCAGACAUCACUACAGGAACUGUUUAUUUUUGCAGUGAUGUUUUAAGUAUGUUUCACUUAUUACAAUCAUGCUUCAUUUGACACACAACAACUUAGAUAGAAGAGAAAAUGCACUGAAAAUGUUUUUGCUUUUUGGGCUACAUGACGGUUUGAUGAUCCACACUUUCACACUGAACAUUUUGCGUUCGUUUGCAGACAUCAGAUGAACUGAUCAUUCCACUUUGAUUACAUCCACUAAACCUGAUAAACUUGAUCCUAUUCUUUACUGGUGUUCAUGAGAUUUUCCUUAUUGUGCAGUUUACUUGGAGUUGAGGUGCGUCCUGGGAGCGAGAUACUUAGAGAAGUGGACAUCAGUCCCAUUACUUACACCUAUUGUCUAAUUGAGUAAAUAAUCCACCUACAGCUAGUGUACAUAUGUAUAUAACCAGAGUCUACAAACCCCAGACAACCAUCUUGGCCAUAAGACAACCAUCUUGGAAUUCUCCGGGUUACGUUCUUGUGUGUCUGCAUGCUGAGAGCUUCCAAUGAGGUCAAAAUGUUGCAAAUGAAAUGAUCCAUUCAGAGUCUUUUAUGGAAAUGUCUUAUUAUGGUACUGGUUUAGAAUGUACGGGAACCCUGACAGUUGUGGAUGUAACUAGAACUAUCUUUCUCCUUUCUUCACCACUAGGGAGGUAGAGAACAUGCACAGGAACUCAUCAGUGAGUACAAGUCAGAUUAGUGAUGGGUGAUGCAGUCAACAUGUCUUUUUUUAAUGUAUUUUUUUUUAAAUAAUAAAUCUUAUUUGUAUCACCAGACUUAUCUAUA